GUCUACUCAGAUUGUUUUGAUAAGGAAACUCACUUCUUUGCUACUAAAUUGCAAGAAUGCUAUACAGAUUUAAGACUUGUCCAUAAUCUGGGCCAGGAGAGGUGGCUCACACCUGUAAUCCCAGCACUUUGGGAGGCCCAGGCUGAUGGAUCACGAGGUAAGGAGUUUGAGACCAGCCUGACCAACAUGGUGAAACCCCUUCUCUACUGAAAAUAAAAAAAUUAGCCGGGCGUGGUGGCGUGCGCCUGUAAUCCCUGCUGCUCAGGAGGCCGAGGCAGGAGAAUUGCUUGAACCCAGGAGGCAGAUGUUGAAGUGAGCCAAGAUCAUGCCACUGCACUCCAGACUGGCGACAGAGCGAGACUCUGUCUCAAAAUCUGAAUUAAAUAAAUUAUUUUCCAGAAUGGAGGCAAAUAAUAUUUUUAGGCUAAUUGCCCAAUUUUGCUUUAAAAAUGCUAUUUUCAUAGUCAGGCACGUAGCUCAGCAGCGGCCGCAGUGCGUGCGUCUGUGCCUCUAUGCAGGUCUCCGGAUCCCUCUGCCGUCAUACCAACGUGUCCUGCGAUGGGUUCCUCUCCGAACUCACCCAGCAGCUGGCGCAGGCCACUGGCAAGUCACCCCAGUACAUUGAGGUGCACUUGGUCCCGGAUCAGCUCGAGGCCUUGUGCUGCUCCUGCAAGCAGUGCGCGCUCUGCAGCCUGCACAGCAUCUGCAAGCUUAGCGGCCCGCAGAACUGCUCUUACACGAAGCUACUGUGCUGCCUGUGGGCCGAGCGCCUGUGCAUCAGCCCAGACAGAGUCUAUAUCAACUAUAACAUAAACGCGGCCAACCUUUUAACUUCAGGCUGGAACAACUAUACCUUCACCUAAGAGCCGCGCCAAACCCGCGCUGUCUGCACUGGCCUGACCCAGGAACCCUUCGCAAGCAGUGUUCUAGGCCCGCCCACCCCCACCUUCUGGAGGGGAGAAAUAAA